AUGGAGACGUCUCCAUUCCCGUCCUUCCCAUGUCCUUCCCGGUCCUCCACCGUUCCCCACCGCCAGUCCGCGCAGCACGUGGAGUCGCUGCGGUCGGAAGUGGACGUGCUGCUGGCAGUGCGCGGGCUGCCGUGCGUGGUGCGCGUGGAGCAGGUGGUGGAGGAGCCGCACGCCGUGCACGUGGUGAUGGAGGCGUGCGGGCAGGGCGACCUGUUCGACUACAUCGCGCACUUCAACGGCAUGCCCGAGCCCCACGCCACCUGCCUCUUCAGGCAGAUAGUGGUGGCAGUGGCGGGCUGUCACAGCCUUGGCAUCAUACAUCGGGACAUCAAGCCGGAAAACAUCUUCCUCUCCCUCAACCCUGCUGCACCUGCACCUGCUCCUGCUGCUGCUCAGACAACCUCUCCCAAUGCUUGCACCAACGCCAGCACUGCUGCUUCUGCUGCUGCUGCUGCUGCUGCUUCUGCUGCUGCUGUUGCUGUUCCUGCUUCUCCUGCUCCAGCCGCCCCGCCCGUUCCUCCCACCAGUCUCCUCAUGAGGCUCGGCGAUUUCGGCCUCGCUCUGUUCCUGCACACCCAGCCUGGCGCCGAGGCUCGGGGGAGGGUCGGCAGCUCGUACUACAUGGCUCCAGAGGUGGUUCGGGGCGGCAGGUACGGGCUGCCAGCAGACGUGUGGAGCCUUGGGGUCAUCCUCUACAUCAUGCUCUCAGGCUUCGUGCCGUUCUGGGGAGGCACGUCGCUGCAGACCUUCGAGGCCAUCUGCUCGGGCCGCCUCGACCUCUCCUCGCCCGCCUGCCUCGCCCUCUCGCCCGCCGCCAAGGCCCUCCUCCGCGCCAUGCUCUCCCUCGACCCCGCUGCCCGCCCCACAGCCCACCAAGUCCUCUCCCACCCCUGGCUAUCGGUCAACAAGACGGCUGUUGAGGCACCUCAGAAGUCAAAUUUCGGCCAUCCGUGGGUGUCGGAACACGUGGACUUUGAGACGCCGCAGAACCCCGUGAAGCCAGACCUGGGGAAGGGGUUGGUUGAGACUAGUGCUGGGAAGGGCGUGAGUGACAUGGGCCUGGGGAAGGGCUUGGUGGAUCGUGGCGGUGUGCUGGCGUUAGAUGCCUGGCCGGAUUUACCCUCAGAUGAGGGAGGUGCAUCAGAUGAGGGAGGUGCAUCAGUGUGUGCAGAGAAGCUUAGUGGUGAUGAUGGGGAGAGUUGUGGGGACGGGCGAGAGAGGAAGAGGGCUAGGAGGGUUGCGUGGGACGCAUGUGGGUUUACUGGAGAGUCAGUGCCGCCCCCUGUGUGUGUGGUUGAGGGGUGGGCGGUGGAAGAGGAGGAAAGGGAGGGGAAGAUACUUAGGAAGGAGGAAGAGGAGGCUAGGGAGACGGGGGAAAGCGGGGAUGGGGAGAAGCGAAAAGGCGGAGACUGGGAGAAUGGGCAACGGGAGAAAGAGAACGAGAUGGGUUGUCGACAAGGGAAGGAAACAUUUGAAGAGCUUCUGCAGCAGGAGCAGCAACUACAGCAGAGACAACAGCAGCAGCAGCAACAGCAGCUUCAGAGGGAGCAAUGCAAAGGAGAGGAGGCAGAGGAGGCACGAAAGGGAGAGAUGGGACAAGCAGUGGCUUUUCACAAGCUGCAGCAGCAGCUGUUGGAAUUACACCGGCUGGAACAAGCAGAGCGGGAGGGGGGACGGCAGCAGCAGCAACAGAGCAGGCAGAGACCAGGUAGUGCUAAGCGCGAGUGGAAAGCCAGUGCUUAG